CCGGUUGCUUUCAAGUGGUGCACAAGAGUCGCUCACCGGAUGUUGAUAGACUCACACGUUGCCGGUGAAUUCUUAUCCAUGUAGCUUGUAGUAAUUUCAAUAAAACCUCAUAUUAUUAAAUCAGGAUGUCGGCGUCGUUGAUCAGGAGAGGACUGGAGCUGCUCAGCGAUGAUAUUAAAGAUGCCAGUAAAGUGAAGAAGAAGAAGCAGCAGCAGCAGACACCCAGCUCGGCCACAGUGAUGGAGCUGGUGGACACAAAACGACAGGGUGUCACCAAGCAGGUCAAACGGCUGCAGGGUCGCCUGGGUCCUGGCAAGAGCAAAGCUACAGUCAAAGACAAGAGAAUCAAGUCUGCAGUGGAGGAGUUCAGGAAGAAGCAGAGGAAGAGUCAGAUGGGCGCUAAUCUCAAGUACUUUAUGGAAACUGGCUACAAAGCAGCAGAUUCUGACACUUUGAAGAUCCUAAACCACAAUACAGGGAGACAGUCCAGGAAUCGCCCAGAGACACCUGCCAAGAAGGCCAAGGAGCCGCAGUCUUUGUUCACUGAGGACGAGUUCCAGCAGUUCCAGAAGGAAUAUUUUGGCAGGACUGUGGAGGAGAAGAAAUAAAGUGUACCGAAACACAAAGACACUGUUGCCACGGUGGAAACACCAGGGCUGCGUUUUGUGGAUCCAAGUGGAUUCCCGGACCAGAUUACAGUUCACAGGUGUCAACAGUGGAACAAAAGAUCUUUGAGGAGAAAUGUUUUGAAUUUGUGCUGGUGUUAUUACUGCACACACAUAGAGUCACAUACAGGGUCAUAUGAUUGUUUCACUCCAAUAUGUGAUUCUGAAAAUGUGUCAUGAUGAUAUUGUGGCGCUGACUACUGCUGCUUUCACAAAAUAAUUACACAAUGAGAGUUCUGAUAAAUGAUCAUCAGUAAUGUGGAUAUAAUGACUAAGUGGGCAAACAGUCUGGUGAGCUCAGUAAAUUACAUCACUUUACUGUAAUGUGGCCUUUAAAACCAGGAAAAGACAACACUUGUGAUAAAAAAGAAAUCUAAGACAAUAUGUAGUGACACAUCACCAUAUGGAUAUAAUGUUGAUUUAUUGCCCAGCCCUAGCAUUACCUCAUAUUAUUGAAAAUGUAACCUACAUUAGAUUUGACAGGAAAAGAUUCAGACACAAUAAAAUGUUUUUUUUGUUUACAACUUCUGCAUAAUUAU